GCGUGGACGGCGACCGCUGAGGUCACUGAAGUUAUCCCGCGCGUAGUUUGCCUUUAUACUCGAGUGCAACCCACGUUUUGAAAAUGUACUGCAGUUCACCUCCAAGUCGGGGGUGUCGCUACGGCUGAUGGCUAGGACACCACAGGGUGGGGUUUCCUCUGCAUUUUUCAGGUCAUUUCCGGUAGCCGUUUUUACAUUCAUUUCAGUAACAAGGAACAAAGCAACAACAAUGGCCACCGUGGAACAGUGUCUGCUAGAACAAGUGGACCUAGAUGACACGUUCAAUUAUGCUGCAAAAUCGGUCGAGAAGGCGGCGGCGUAAAUGGUGGCACUAUGGCGUCACAGCUGCUGGAUCGCUUGAAGCGCUCGAUCUUUAAAGAUGGCCAGGGGGCGAGGCCUAAGCGGCUGGGGCAGAAGGAGGAUGGCUGCGAGGCGGAACUAGAAGAGGAAGAUGAGUGCGUGGCAGAGCGAGUGGGCGGCACGCUGUCCUUUGAUGGCAGCACAGCGGCACAGGAUAGAGUGGAAGGGGAGGGGUCGGGUUUGGACAGCGACUCUGACUUCUUGGGCGAGUCACUGGAGGAUGUCCUUAGCAGCACAGACGCCAGUCCUGUUAGCCCUGCCUCUUUUGACUUGGGUGGGACUGGGGCAAGAAUUGGCCACACGAGCACUUUGUCAUUUGAGGUGACAGAUGCCAGCGUGGUUCAGAACGCUUCCUCAAAGUAUGUGCUGUACACCAUUGACGUCAUCCAGGCGGGUGGCAGUGACAAGACACCGGCCGUCAUCACUCGCCGUUACUCAGAGUUCCAGCGGCUGCACGCCGCUCUGCGGCAUCACCACAGAGACCAGAUGGAGCCUGUGUGUUUCCCAAGGAAGAAGCUGCGCAGGAACUUCACGGCCGAGACCAUUGCUAAGCGGAGCCGUGCCUUUGAGCAGUACCUGACGCAUCUGUGCUCCCUCCCAGGCCUGUGGGGGACAUCAUUUGUGCGUCACUUCUUCUACCUGCCAGACCUCCAGACUGGACAACUGCUUUUGAGUGUGGAUCGCUACCAGGAUGCUCUGGGACCGCUGCUCAAUGCCAAGAGGCUGCAAGACAAACUGGGCGGGCCGCCGGACUCCCUCCAUUGGCUCUUCACCCUGGUGGGCCUGUGCUGCUGCUUUCAAGAAGUGGAACAGCUAGAAGAAGCCCGGGAUCAAUGUGACCACGCUCUCCGCGUCCUGAUAGAGAGGAUGCACGUGGAUGGGCCGCACCCACUGCUUCCCCCACUAUUACGGGCUGUUGUGCGCCUGUCAUGGCAGACGGGACAAGACAAGCGGCAAUGGGAGGAGCUUCUGCACACACUAGAGGAACAGGGAGCAGGGCGGGAAGGUGAACAGUUGAAUUGGAAACAGUUGAGUGGCAUGAUUGGGUAUAAAAGGAGCAUUCCCGAAAGGCUCAAUUGUUCACAAGAAAGGACGGGGCGAGAUUCACCACUGUGCGGACAACUAUGUGAGCAAAUAGUCCAACAGUUUAAGAACGUUUCUCAACAUACAAUUGCAAGGACCUUAGGGAUUUCAUCAUCUACGCUCCAUAAAUUCAUAAAAUGUUUCAGAUCAUCUGGAGAAAUCUCUGCAUGUAAGCGGCAAAGCCAAAACCAACCUUGAAUGCUGUGACCUUCGAUCUACAGUGGCCAAGACCGGUCACAACAAAUGCAAACACCACAACACCUCCCACACUCGGGGGCGGGUAAUGGAUGCUGCGGGUCUGGGUGGGGCAGCCCUCUUCGUCGGUGGUUGUCCAGCCUGAUGGACCCGACCUGAAGGAGCCAUGCUUCUUAAUCACUCACACGCUCACACCACUCACUGUAUAUAUUUUUCUCACAAAUCACAUCUGGGCACAUAUACAUGUGAAAGGGUUCCUGGGGGACUGGUAUGGAGUGGGAGGGGGUGGGUGUCGGACCGGGUUUCAGCACGUCUGUGCUGUUUCCCGGUCCGUGCGCCCUGCCCCUCUGCCCUGCCUGCCCCCCUGGAUUUUAAAUGCAUCACACACACUCAUCCCCACGUUUUAAUGCACCACAUACACCCAUCUAUGGGGACGGUGGGUCGUGGGUGGGUGGGUUGGCUGUUAGGCAGCAGUGCCUGGCAGCCCCACCGCUCUGCUCACUGGCCUCUCCAGAUUUUAAUGCACCACACCACUCGGGGGAGCACUGAUACAUGGGGUAGGGCCAAUGACUCCCAGUCGGGGACCUGGCAGUCAUAGUAACGGGGGUGAGGUGGGUUCUUAGCUGCAUGGCGGUGUUCCUGAGGCCAGGCCCCCCUGGGCUGGAUGACUACUUAGCAUUGGGGCUCCCCUCUCAUGACCUGCGGCUGCUCCCUAGGUCCCCCCCCCUCCCCCCCCCUUAUCAUUCCCUUGUCAGGUGCCCCUAGCCGCCCUCCUUUUCAACAAACAAGGGACACUCUCCCGCCCUCGGGCUGGGCGGGGACUGGCUGCAUCGCGGACCCUGCAGGUUGGGACGGGCGUCUGGGGGUGAGGGUGGAGGAUGGCGGUGCGUAUGGGGCGGUAGGGGUGGUGGUGGCUCGGGGGGGGGGGUGGCAUUGGAUCACUGGCGGACCACCCUGGGUCCCUCGGUGUGGGACGUAUCCCGUCCGCCGCACUGCUCUCGGGUGGACCCCUGGGCCCAAUCCCGCCCCUCGAUUGAUUGGGUGUGGUCAAUUCACUUGCAUGUGUCCACAGGCACACACCCCUGGGACUCUUUCACUGGGUGUGGGGCCACUCACGUAUUGCGACAAAUAACAUGAAUAUGAGAAUUGCUUGCGUACCCCCUCACUCAUACUCUCGUCCUAUAGACUUUUAUAAUUUACACAGGCAAUCCCACCAGACUUCAGUUGUACAACUGGGUUCACGACCCUUGUCCUGCAUGCUUCUACUCCUGUCCAUGUCCUGUUCUAUCUUGUCUUGUCCUUCCCUCACAGGGUGUAGCACUACAGCCCCAUGUAACACUCAUUUAAUGUUUCAUUGUUGUCGAUAAUGUAAUGACUUCGUUUUCUCAUCCUGUUUACAAUUAGUGAUUUGUAUUUUGUCUUCAUUUCUCCCUCCCCUCUAAAAACUUUGUUCUGUUCGACUGAUAAACUCUGAUUCUCAAUAAACUUCAAUUGUAAUACUAAGAAACCAGAGCCGAAGCUGUGUCACAAUAAAACUGUUCCGGCAUAAAAGGGAAACAGAUCCUCUAUUCUGCUUGACUUAACAGCCGAACAGGACAACAACAACAAAAAAGUAAUAAUUUGAUGCCAGAUUUAUAACCUAAAUUAUGCUUCCCUUUGUCACCAGGAUACAGUAUGUUGUCUGCAUUUUGCGGAGUCAACCUUAACCUUAUCCUAACCCCGUUGUGUCCUACUGUGGUUCAUGUGGAGCAGAUGUUCGCUUAUAAGGACUCUUCAAGAUGAAGAUACGUUUUGUUUUAGGUUGUGUUCUAAUCAAAUAUCAUAAAAGACAUGAUUUGGUUGAUUUCAUCUGAAGUUACAAAGGCUGUCAGAUUGUUUAAUUUGUUCCUGUUUCCAAAGUUUCCCUAUUGAUUUACAUUCCCAUGGAUAGAAUAUCAAUUUAUAUUACAAAUCAAUGGUUAGUUAUUGGCAGCACGGUGGACGACCGG